GUGAGGCACGUCAACAGCUAUGGCGGAGGGGGAGGAAGUGCCGCCGCUGAGCAGCUGGGAAGAAUUGCUGUUGGCUUAAUAUUGGGAUCUUUUCUGGCAUUGGACCAGAACCUUGGAACCUAACUGUCAUUGGUGGAUUUGGAGCUGGAUCCUGAUUGGUGCACUUCUGAAACCAAGACUGUAUCAUUGUCUACCUACGAUUCUGGGCUGUGAUAGGAGAAUGGAAAUAGACCUUGCAAAAGCACUUGAAGAAGGUGGCUGUGAUCUUGAAACUGUCCGAAACAUAAUUCAAGGAAGACCUCUACCUGAUUCUCUAAGAGCCAAGGUCUGGAAGAUUGCUUUGAAUGUCGUAGGCAAAGGGGAUAGUCUGGCAUCCUGGGAUGGUUGUUUAGAUCUGCCAGAACAGACACUGAUUCAUAAAGACUGUCAAGAACUGAUUGAUCAGUUGGCAAUGCCAGAGGAGGAGAAAUCAGCAUUACUUCUGGAUGUAGAAUCUGUGGCUACCUUUUACUGUAAAUCUCGUAAUGUUAAAUACAGUUCUAGUCUUAGUUGGACAUAUCUGCUUAAACCACUGGUGCAUCUUCAACUUCCACGAUGUGACUUGUACAACUGUUUCUAUGCUAUCAUGAAUAAGUACAUCCCCAGGGACUGUUUUCUGAAAGGGAGACCAUUUCAUCUCUUUAGGCUGCUCCUCCAGUAUCAUGAGCCUGAACUCUGCUCCUUUCUUGACACCAAAAAGAUAACACCCGACUCGUACACACUCAACUGGCUUGGCAGCUUAUUUUCCUGCUACUGUUCAUAUGAAGUCACUCAGGCAAUAUGGGAUGGCUACCUCCAGCUAGCGGAUCCAUUCUUCAUUUAUUUCCUAAUGCUUAUCAUCCUUGUUAAUGCAAAAGAAGUGAUCUUAGGACAAGAAUCAAAUAGCAAAGAGGAAGUCGUUCAAUUUCUAGAAAGAUCCCCUGCCAGUUUGGAGUCAGAAGAUAUAGAAGACCUUUUCUCUUUGGCACAAUAUUACUGUAGCAAAACUCCAGCUUCUUUCCGAAAGGACAACCACAGUAUUUUUGGCAGCAGCUUGUUGGGUCUCAAAGACGAUGAUUCAGACUUGAGCCAAGCUCUGUGUCUAGCAGUUUCUGUAUCAGAGAUUCUUCAAGCAAAUCAGCAGCAAGGGGAUGGAGUAAGGUUCUUUGUGGUGGACUGUCGCCCUGCAGAGCAGUAUAAUGCUGGACAUUUAUCAACUGCCUUUCAUUUAGAUUCAGACUUGAUGCUCCAGAACCCAUCCGAAUUUGCCCAGUCUGUGAAAUCUCUGUUAGAAGCACAAAAACAGUCUAUUGAAUCUGGCUCAAUAGCUGGUGGAGAGCAUCUUUGUUUCAUGGGAAGUGGCCGGGAAGAAGAGGAUAUGUAUAUGAACAUGGUGCUAGCACACUUCUUGCAGAAAAAUAAAGAAUAUGUAAGCAUUGCUAAAGGAGGAUUUAUGGCAUUGCAACAACACUUAGCUGAUAUUAAUGUGGAAGGACCUGAGAAUGGAUAUGGCCACUGGAUUGCUAGCACUUCAGGCUCAAAAAGUAGUAUUAACUCCUUAGCUGAGGUUGAUUCUUCUAAUGGUUCAAGUGAGGGAAAGGGUGUCAAGUCCUUGGUAAACAAGAUGACUGUAGCUUUGAAGACUAAAUCUGUGAAUGUGAGAGAAAAAGUUAUUAGUUUUAUUGAAAACACAUCAGCUCCUGUAGAUAGAAUUUCUUUCAAUCUAUCCUGGCCUGAGAGAGCAAGUAUGCUGCGGCAUGUCAGCAGCAGUGACAGACUGGGAAAACCUUACCGAGGCGUGAAACCUGUUUUCAGCAUUGGUGACGAAGAAGAAUAUGAUACUGAUGAAAUUGAUAGCUCCUCGAUGUCAGACGAUGAUCGAAAAGAGAUUGUCAACAUUCAGACUUGGAUAAAUAAACCAGAUAUAAAGCAUCAUUUCCCUUGCAAUGAGGUGAAAGAAAACGGGUACAUGUUUCCUAGUCAUCUUCUAGUAACCGCAACACACAUGUACUGUUUGCGGGAGAUUCCAUCUCGAAAGGGAUUGGCUUACAUACAGUCUCGACAGGCAUUAAACUCUGUUGUUAAGAUCACAUCCAAGAAGAAACAUCCUGAAUUGAUUACCUUUAAAUAUGGAAACAGCACCACUACAGGCAUAGAGAUCUUAGCAGUUGAGAGGUACCUGAUUCCAAAUGCUGGUGAUGCUACCAAAGCCAUAAAGCAACAGAUUAUGAAAGUUCUGGAUGCACUGGAAAGCUAAUAAGAAAAUUCAUUUUCAACAGGGUUUUUUCCCCAAAAGAAAAUUAUAACCAGGAAAAUGGUUCACUGACCUAAAAUGACUGUUUUCUCAGCUGAAUACUAACCGAAGAUGUCAUUUCAGUUUACUGAUAGGUGUGCCGAGAAGCCGCCUUAAGAUACAGAUAAAUUAAACCAUUUUUGAACAUUUAAAAUUUUUCUUUAAUGCUGCUUAUUAUAAAGAUCAGCUAUUUUAAAAGUAGCUUUAGAAGAGCUGACCUGCUUCUGAAGAAAAGGUUUUUGAAAAGUUGUAUUAAGGCUAUAGAGCACUUUGGCUUAUGGAAAAGCAUUUGAAAUUCCUGAGCUCUUAGCUGACUUUGCAAAUUGCAAAGUAGCAAAUGUUUUUACAAUCCUUAUGCACUGAAAGUUCGGCUUGAUCUGCUGGGUGAAUAUAUGGGGUCAGAAACUAGAGUUCCAUAAAAAUUGUACUUUUUUCCUGGGAAAAAAUUGGGAGCUAAUCAAAAGAAAUGUGUAUUCUAUCGAACAGGGAAAAAGACACUAUAUCUUUGUAAGUGAUUUUUUAAACGCCUUCUGUGCAUUAUCAGGUUUAAAAAGACUGAACAAUUCAGUUACUAAAUUUUAAAUACCAAACUAAAAUGUGUAUAGUAAUGAAGAGCUCACAGGCAGUGGUUAUUACUACUAUAAAAACUAACAUUUCCCUGAGCCAAGGUCAGUGUGGCAAUAGAAAUACAGCCAGAGGAGUGGGGUGUUUCAUGAGAUGGGAUCUAGGAGGUAGCUUCAGUGACACACGUAAAUGUAUUCCUUUGGGAUAUCUUUUUCCUGAAAUUGUGUGACACAGGCUGAAACAUUAUUGAAUGCUAAUAAAGCAAAGUGAUCAGAGAGCUGCACAUUUAUGAUCAUUUAGGAUGUGGCAAAUGAUUUUUUUUUCUUUCAAGACAUGAAGAUUGAGUGCAUGUGUGUAUUUAUAGAAUAUCUUCAGUGUUAAAGAAUUUAAACAUUUUGCUACAGAUCCAUAGCUUUCACACAGCAUUCAGAUGUCUUGCUUAAUUGUGAUUAAGUAAAAAUGGGCAUGAACUUCACUUAUUGCCAAGCUCAUGCAUCAUGCGGCGGGCGCAGUUUGGCGCCCCUGAGGACCGGUGCGCUCUAGGCGAGUGCCUAGCUCGCCUAGCGGGCGAGCCGGCCCUGCGUGCAUGCAGUUUACUCCACCCUUCUUGCACAAAGAAUCAGUGUUAAAAACUAUGGUUAUCUGUGAUGCAUGAAUUCAGGGGAGUAGUUAGGUCCCAUCACUAACGGGGUUUCUUAAGAUGAAUCUCCCCCUUCCCCACAAACCAGGCUCCUCAAUCAGGAUUUAAACUAACUCCAGUUAAGCUACAUAAUGGAAUUGGUUUAACUGUAGUUCGUCACAUGAGGAGCACAAAGUGUGAACCAAGCAACCAGCUGAGUUUGUGCACAUUUUCAGUUUACCACAGUAAAGGUAAGGCAUCUGAAUGCAGCAGUAUUGACCAAAAUAUUUAUCUCCUGUUUAAGAUGAACUUAGGAUCCUGGAGCAAUGUUUAUGUGUUGUCCUGAAAGACUGUAAACCCUUUUGGGGGAGGAGAAAAAUCGGUUGAGGGAAUCUGAUGUGCUUUGCAACAGCUCAAGAGUUGUUCUAUACCAUAUAUGAAGCUGACCUUUAUAACUAUCAGCUCUCUUAAGUUAUAUUCUUAAUAGUAAUCAAGGCACCUUAAUUCUGAAACUAACUCCCAUAUUUUCUAAAAAAA